UUACAAAACAAUGAAACGUUAAAUUAAAAUACAACGUAAUAAAAAAGAAAAAGUAAUAACUAUGAUACGCUCCAUCUUUACAGGCUCCCCCGGACAUCAGGCCAGCAACAGGAAAGGACACCAAGGAGAGCCUCCCUCGACGGUGCACAGCAGCCCGUGAAGAGUCGCACCAGGAGUCAGCCGUAGAUGAGCAGCAGGAGUACUCAGACGCACGCAGCAUGGUGGGAGUGCGAGGCACACAGGCGUCCACAUGGCUGAGGUAUGCACUGUGCGUAGGAGAGGAAUAGAUGGUUACGUUGCACAGCCAAAUAGCCAUGCAGGUCCUGGGAGAAAACGGGCUGGGCAAGUCUGCCAAACUGAUCCGUUUGGAAGUAAGACAUGGGUGAGUUCCAUUCAGCAUGGAGCAGAGGUUAUGGUGGUUGUGAUGGAUGUUCCGGUAUAGCAGCAGAUCCAAGUCUGCAUAGCAGGUCCAAGGAUUGCCGAUCAGCUAGUAGCGAUUCGUCGAUGUCAUGGAGCAGCUGGCAUUGCAGUGCCGCAAGGCCCGAGUCCAGAGUUUGCUCCUCAGUGAGCGGUCGGCUUAGCUCAUCUGGAGUAGGAGGCGGAAGUAUAAUUCUCUGGAUUUGGAUUGGCUGGUCCCGGAUAAGCGGCUCAAGGGCUUCCCUGGAGCAUCUGUUGACGUUUGGAUUCCAAGGCGAGUGCUUCUGCUCGUGCCCGUUCCUCCUGUGCGAAACGGAUCAGAGAGGGCAGCUGGGGCUGGCGUUCAGCGGGCUGUGAGAGUCGUCUCUGCAGAAUUAGCUGGUGUUUUUUUUUUUCAGUGUGGUGCUCGCGAUGCUCGCACAAUAA